AUAGCUUGGGCUGUUGCUGAGUAUUUGGCGAAAGAACUGAAAUCGUUUUCGCUCUUCGCCACUCAUUAUCACGAGAUCACACAGUUGGAAGAGGAAAUUCCUACGGUGAUAAAUCUUCACGUUUCGGCUAUUAUUUCGGAUAACACCAUCACACCUCUAUACACGAUGAAGGAAGGACCGUGCGACAAGAGUUACGGCAUACACUGUGCUAAAGUUGUACAAUUCCCAGAAGAUGUUAUAAAGUUUGCUACUAAAUACCAAGAAAAAUUGGAAGACGUUGAAGGCAUGAAAUAUAUCAAAGAUUUUGAUCCCAGUUUGAAACGAAAGUUAAUCGACGAAGGGAACGGAAUGAUCGCCAAGGUUCUAGAAGAUUUCAAAGGAAUAGAUGUUGCGAACUUAAGUGACGAUGAUCUAGAAGCGAAAUUAAAAAAGUUGAAGACAGAUUUGGCCAAGCAAGAUAAUUUAUAUAUCAAAGGCUUAAUUGGCGUUUAAUUUGUUCACUCUUCGCCUGCCAUUUCUUCUGGAUUCAUAGGCGCAAUGUCUUGAGGCUGUUCUUCCGCUUCUAAAAGAAAGUAUUAUUAUUAUUAUUUAUAGUUUUUAAUAAACGUGUUUAGAUUUUA